ACAGCCAAUAGGAAAGUUACAGGGAGCUUCCUGUCCCGCGGUCGCCGCUCGGAAGCUUCUGCUCAGAAAUGUUUCCCAAAGUUUUAACAGCGUUUUCUUUGUUUGCGUUGCUUUAUGGAGCCCCAUCGAGUGCCCAGAAGAAGAAGGAGACGCUCCUCUCCGAGAAGGUCGGGCAGAUGAUGGACUGGGCAAGCAAGAGAGCCGUGAUCAGGCUGAACGGUGAGAAGUUCAGACGCUUCGUUCGAGCGCCCCCGCGCAACUAUUCCGUGAUCAUCAUGUUCACGGCGCUGCAGCCUCAGAGGCAGUGUGCCGUGUGCAGGCAGGCGGAUGAAGAGUACCAGAUCCUCGCGAAUUCAUGGCGAUAUUCCAGUGCGUUUACCAACAAGGUUUUCUUUGCCCUGGUGGAUUUCGAUGAGGGCUCUGACGUUUUUCAAAUGCUCAACAUGAACUCAGCCCCUACGUUCAUCAACUUCCCACCCAAAGGGAAGCCAAAGCGGGCAGACACCUACGAGCUGCAGGUCCGAGGCUUCGCAGCUGAGCAGAUCGCCCGAUGGGUGGCCGACAGAACCGACGUCCAUAUCCGAGUGAUAAGACCGCCUAACUACGCAGGACCGUUGAUGCUGGGCUUGCUUCUGGCCCUGAUUGGAAGUUUGGCCUACCUCCGGCGCAAUAAUCUGGAGUUCCUCUACAACAAGAACGUCUGGGCUUUCUCUGCUCUGUGUUUUGUUUUGAUCAUGACAUCGGGCCAGAUGUGGAACCAUAUUCGAGGACCCCCAUAUGCUCACAAGAACCCCAGCACUGGUCAAGUGAGCUACAUCCAUGGCAGCAGCCAAGCUCAGUUUGUGGCAGAGACGCACAUCGUUCUCCUGUUCAAUGCAGCCGUUACUUUGGGAAUGGUGCUUCUACAUGAGGCAGCAACUUCUGACAUGGACAUUGGGAAGAGGAAAAUCAUGUGUGUUGCUGGAAUCGGACUAGUGAUGCUCUUCUUCAGCUGGUUGUUGUCCAUCUUCAGGGCCAAAUACCACGGAUACCCUUACAGCUUCUUGAUGAGUUAAACGCACACCUGGAGAACACUGCAGUCCUUUGAAGAUAAACUGAUCAAGAACCAAAUUGUAAACCGAAGCUUCUACAGUUGAAAGUGCCUUAAUGGUUCGUGGUAAUGAUUGGCGUAGGAACCUCUUGAUUUCUUGUUUUUCUUUGUUGUUUUUCUUUGUUGUUUUUGUUUUGUUUUUUUAUUUAAAUUUGUGAGUUUGUUUCCAACAGAUGUUGAUUUGCUUUUUAAAGUUUUUAACAAAGCAUUUUUGAACUCGUUCCGUUCCUGCGAAGGCUCGAGACAAAGUUCUGUUAACUGACCAGUUAAACGGACCCCGUCGCGUGUCGCGCUGCUUGCUGGUGAAUGCACUGUUGCGGUUAAAGGUACGAUAUGCAGUAAAAUACGUGUGUUUGGCUGAUUGGCUCCGGUUUGGAAGACGCAUGAGGGCAAGCAGAGUGUUUUCCAUUCUACCUCCUGACAGAUGUACAUACUGAGUGUUCCAAAGUCCAGACGACGCAGUCCACCUUGUUCAGUGCAGACGUGUUUCUCUGAGGUAAAGACUGAGGGGGUGGG